AUGGAAAUAGCUAUGACUCAUACGAUUGAGUACCCACAGCCCUGGCUCAUACGAUUGCCAUCUAUAUUGAAAUUAAAGAAAUUUCUUUUAAUAACUUCAUUUAUUGGGGCAUUCAUUACUUUAUUUAUAUUUUAUGAUUUACGCAUUGCUCCUUAUGCUCCUUAUAAAUAUAAUCAUUUCAUCGGAAUAUCUGAAGAAGCGUAUAGAAAUGGCGUUAUUAAAUGUAACAUGAUAAAAAGUAAUAAACCUAAUAAUGAGGAUACUAAUAUACGAACAAGUAAUCCUAGGUUCGUUCCAGGAACAAAAACAAUUGUUUUCAAAAACGGAAUUAUUUUAAAUGGAAAAGGAGAAAAGAUUUUAGGUGAUAUCAUUUUGAAAAACGGAUUAAUUCAUGCUAUCGGUCAGAACCUUUCUGAUGAUAAUGAAGCUAUUGUAAUUGAUGUUAAGAAGAAAUACAUUACUCCUGGACUCGUUGAUAUGCACAGUCAUGCUGCUGUCACAACUUGGCCAUCUUUAACUGCUACUGAUGAUUCUAAUGAAAUUACCAAUCCGCUUACGCCUUAUGUUCGUGCGCAGGAUGCAAUCAACCCGAGUGAUCCACAAAUUCGAAUAAUCGCAUCGGGUGGCAUUACAACUUCGUUAAUUAUACCUGGUAGUUCAAAUUUGAUGGGUGGCGAAGGUUACGUUAUCAAGAUGAGACCAGUUGAUACCCUUUCAGUAGACGAUAUGGGAAUUAAUGCAAACAUUGAUACAAAGAAGGAAAGAUCCUGGCGUUGGUUAAAAAUGGCUUGUGGUGAAAAUCCAAAGAUGUUGUAUAAAUCUCUUAAACAAAUCCCCACUACACGAUUAGGUGAAGCAUGGCUCUUCCGUAAAAUGUUUGCUGAGGCACAAGCAUUGAAACAGAAGCAAGAUGAUUGGUGUAGUGCUGCAGCAAAAUCAAGUAAUGGAGAACAAUUGAACUCAUAUUUUCCGGAAGACCUUCAAUUCGAAAGUUUGGUAGCACUAUUAAGAGGAGAUGCGAAAUUAAAUGUUCACUGUCAUGAGUCUUAUGACACAGAAACAAUGAUUCGAAUUUCCUUGGAAUUUAAUUUUACUAUUACAGCCUUACAUCAUGUGACAAAUGCUUAUAAGAUUACUGGGAUUAUUAAAAAACGCGUAAAAAAUAAUAUCACUGUUGCAAUAUUUCCCGAUCUUUAUGGGCAUAAAAAGGAAGCAAUUGAAGCUAGUACGAAAGCUCCAAAAAUUUUUGUAGAUGCACAAAUUCCUGUAGCUUUGAAAUCAGAUCAUCCUAUAACAAAUGCGCAAAAUUUGGCAUUUCAAGCUGCCAAAGCUUAUCAUUAUGGCCUUGAUGAGAAUCAAACUCUUGCUGCCAUUACAUCAGUGCCUGCAAAGGCACUUGGUCUUGGUCAUCGAAUCGGUCAAAUUUCCUUAGGAUAUGAUGCUGAUGUUGUGGUAAUGCAAUGCAUUCAUUGCGCAACACCAUUAGAAGUAUAUAUUGAUGGAAUUCCUCAAUUUAACACUUCUUUGAGCGUGCUUAGCAAUGAAACAUCAAAACAAUCUUUAUCAGAUAAUAUACCCAAAUCCGAUUUUGCCAGGAAGCCUGUUAAAUCACGAACCACUUCCUCAGUUAUACUAAAAAAUAUUGACAGAAUUUAUGUUGAUAAAAACCACUCAUAUUCUUCAGUAGAAGGGAAUAUCAGUAUCAUAGUUAAAGACGGUAUUAUUGAAUGUAUUGGUAUUAAUUGCACAAUACCAAGUAAUCUUUCAUCCUACGAAAUAAUAGAUUUAAAUGGUGGCCAUGUAUUACCGGGGAUUAUUGCUUUUGGUCCUGCUUUAGGAUUAGCAGAGAUCGAAGUAGAAUCCUAUGCAAGUGAUGGGCAAGUGGAUCCUAUAAACAAUCCAAAUGAUGUUGAAAAUAUUAUAUAUGCAGUAGAUGGAUUAAAAUUUGGUGGAAAGCAUUUAGAAGCAGCAUAUAAAGCUGGAGUACUUACAGCAGUCACUGCACCUCUUUCUUCAAAAAGCGCGAUUACAGGGGUUUCUAUAGCAUUUAAAACCGGUGCUCGUUCUAUUUUUAAUAAUGAACCAAUAAUUAGCGAAAAUGUUGCAUUGCAUGCUAAAAUAGGCACUCCAUACAAAGAUGAUCGUAUACCAACAGUUUCAGGUCAGAUUUCUCUUAUCAGAAGAACAUUGAUAAAAAAUCUUGCGCAACAAAAUAUCAUCGGUCGCGUUGCACGCGGUGAUAUUCCGUUAAUAGUAUAUGUUGAUAGUAAAGAUGAAAUUGCUACUUUAAUUAAAUUGAAAAUUCAUAUUAAAAAUCUUGGGGGAAAUUUAAAGCUUGUUAUUGCAGGUGGUGCUGAAGCACACAUGCUUGCGAUCGAAUUGGCCGAGAAUGAAAUUCCAGUAAUACUUAACCCAUCAAGACCUACUCCAAGGUUAUGGACAGCUCAACACGUAUUAACAGGUGCUCCUAUUACCAAUAAAACUGGAAUUGAUAUACUUUACGAAAACAAUGUUAAGAUAGGAAUAGGUGUGGAUUUACUUUCAGAAGGAAGAAGGUCGUAUUUAUUAGGAUUUGGCUUGGAAAGAGAUUUAAUUUGGGAUGCUGGUUGGGUAUCACGAAAUUCCAAAGGAUUGAUUUCACAAAAAGAUGCUAUUGGAUUUAUUACAUGGAACUUGAAAGAAAUCCUCGGCCUAAAGAUGAGAAAUGGGUUGCUUAGAGGCAGUAUUGCAAAUUUUGUGGCAUAUAAUGGAAAUCCUUUUGAUAUUAGUACGAAAGUAAAGAUUGUUGCUGGUGGUGGUAGAAGUGAUAUUCUUAUUGAUCCUGAACAAGAUUAA